GUUGAUAAUAUUUCCAAAAAUUUAGAAUCGUGUAAUAUAACUUGUAUGAUCCAAGAUUUUAAUGAUAUUCAAUCAAAUAACACUUUACCUGUUUUAUGCGAUGAAUUGAAUAUAAAUACUAAAAUGGAGGCAAUGAGAAAUAUUCGAAAGAAUGCAUAUUACAAAUUCGAAUUUGGAUAGAGAAUUAAAUGAUACCUCUCCAGUCAAUAAAAAUAUUUUGUCAAGUUUAGAAGUAUCUGACAUAACGAUGCAUAAAAUUGAGACAGGAAUGUCAAUAGAUAAUGUAUCUAUAGAAAAUGAAGUAGAUUUUGGAGCAGAUACGAAAACAACAUUGUCAGAUAUAACUGUACAAGAAUUUAUGCCAACGGAGAAUACUUUUGUAACACCUCGAAAGAGACAAUCUGCCGAAGGUAUACAUAUAGAAACACCAAUCAAAAAAAGACGCUUAAGAUUCGAAGAUACAGUAGUUUCAAAUACGGCAGAAAUUGUAACAAUACCAGAAGUAAUUUCUGUUCCUACUGCAGAUUAUUUUGUAGAACCAUUACAGAAUUUGGAAUUAAUGCAUGUAGAUUUACAACAGAUUAAAAUAAAAUCAAAAAGAAAGAAAAUAUUUGCAGACAAAAAUAUAAAAUUCAGUCAUAAAAUAAUAAGAAAAUGGAUCAGUGAUGUCAAUGCUCAUACUGUUCCGUUAAGUGUUAUUAAUGUAAAUAUAUCAACAUCAGAAAUUCUUUUCCAAAUGGCACCAGCAAGAUUUACUUCUACUCGAAAAAAUAAAUGGAAUAGUCCUUUAGUAACACUUUUCAAUACGCACGCUGUUGUACCAUCUAUUAAAAAAAAGAUACAAGUGGAAGGUGGACAGUUGUUAGAAAAAUCAAGUGAAUUUCUGCGUUUAAUGGAUAGAAGCAAUAAAACUUCUGAAGAAUUGCUUUCUGAUUUGUCAUCGGCGAUUGGGAGGACUGCUGAAGUAAGCAAAAAUAUAAGUUCAGAAAAAAGUGUUGCCAUUAGCAUUGAUGAGCUUCCAGAAGUAAUAAAAUUUCAUGAUGUAAUGGCAUCAACUAAUGAUGAAUUAGAAAAAAUACAAUCACCAAAUAUUCCAAGAGAAUCAUUUAUACCGGAUGCUAGUCCAGACUCUUCAUCGCUUCCAUCUUAUUUAUUAACGAAACAAGAAUUACUUGCAUUAUUGGAGAUAAUUUGGCGGAACAAUCAAUUUGCAACAUUUACAGAUAUAAUUUCACCAGAUCAUUAUAGUAAAUUAGAUGCUUCUUGUUGUUUCACAUUUCUCUUGGAAUUAUACAAAGAGAAGAGAAUUAUUUUAAAACAAGCUACACCUUAUGAUAUCAUCUGGAUACAAAAAUAUACAUAAUUUGGGUGAUAAUGAUUCUUUUGCUCAAUUAAUAUAUUUUAUAUCAUUUAUUCUACAAGAGACAGAUUAUUAUUUGAAAUACUUAUAUUUAUAAAAAUAUUUCUUUAUGUAAUGAGAUUGUUCAUAACUAAUAUAACAAAGAAAUGUUUAUAUUUCUUGAUUUUUAAAUUACAUAUUAUAUAAAAUGAAAUAAUAUUUCCAUUUAUUGAUGUAGUAGUUGUAAUAAAGUUCCAUUGUGUUA